AUGGCAAAACUCACUGAUGAUGCUAACUACGAUGCCAGCGAAACGUUUGAGAAUGGCUGCUUCAGUCUGGUGCACUCGAUUCCUUUGAACUCACUUGAUCUCUUCGGAGGGGUCGAGAAAAUUAAUACCUCAUCUCGAGGUGACUUCAACGGCAGUAACAUCUUGCAGCCUCCAAACAAUUUAUUCCACGGCUCGGUGAUUCAGUCCGGUAACCUUCGCCCUCUACCUCCACCUGUACGUGUACCUGUACUAACUGAUAUAGGGUCUUCUACUCACUCAGGUGACCAGUAUCCCCUAAGUCUCAAGCGUUUCUUACCUCUGGGGCACCGGAACACUCCAGAUAUUGAGAAAGAACGGGAACUGGCAAAGAAGACUCAGUCUCUCUUGAUAGGACCGGAGCUGAGCUUCUCAGUAGAACGGAGCACGAUGUCCGGAGCUCAGGAGGACUCAAGUAGGCCCAUACCGCUACAAGCCUGCUUUGGGCCCCGACUCUGGCAUAGCUGCAUAGGAAACGAAAAAAAGCUAAGCUCGGAGAACUUCCAGAUGCGAAAAUCCUUUCUUUCAUCGGCCUCGGACGUAAGAAGUACUAACGUGUACCCACGACCUAGGCAACAAGCCUUAACGCAGGUUUCUUUUCUCUUUCAGUCGGUUAACAUGCCUGAAGAAUCCGUCCAGCUCAAGCUACAAAGCUCACAUUCUCAUGCUGAACUAUGUUCAAGCAGGACUCUAAUUGCUGGACAUAAGGGGGCACAACUUGAAGGCUCACUGAAGACGGAGGGCCCCCACGUCUUUGUGGGGCAUCGAAUCAACAAACCAGGAGAGGUGAUGGUAAGAUGA